CCUCCUGCCAGUGUCUCUCGAGCUUGCUGAGGAGUCCCCGACUCUGGUGGCCUGGCCAUGACCACCACAUUUCUGCAAACGUCUUCCUCCACGUUCGGCGGGGGCUCUACCCGAGGGGGCUCCCUCUUGGCUGGGGGAGGCGGCUUUGGUGGGGGGAGUCUCUAUGGGGGCGGUGGAAGCCGCAGUAUCUCAGCUUCUUCUUCCAGGUUUGUUUCUUCAGGGUCAGGAGGGGGCUACGGGGGUGGCAUGAGCUGCGGCUUUGGUGGAGGGGCUGGGGGCGGUUUCGGUGGAGGCUUUGGAGGUGGCGCUGGAGGGGGUUUUGGUGGUAGCUUUGGCGGGAGUUUUGGCGGUGGCUUUGGUGGUGGCGAUGGUGGUCUCCUCUCUGGCAACGAGAAGAUCACCAUGCAGAACCUCAACGACCGCCUGGCCUCCUACCUGGACAAGGUGCGCGCCCUGGAGGAGGCCAACGCCGACCUGGAGGGAAAGAUUCGAGACUGGUACCAGAAGCAGGCUCCGACCAGCCCCGAACGUGACUACAGCCACUACUUCAAGACCAUGGAAGAGCUCCAGGACAAGAUUCUGGCUGCUGCCAUCGACAACUCCCGGGUCAUCUUGGAGAUCGACAAUGCCAGGCUGGCUGUGGACGACUUCAGGCUCAAGUAUGAGAAUGAGCUGGGUCUGCGCCAGAGCGUGGAGGCCGAUAUCAACGGCCUGCGCCGGGUGCUUGACGAGCUGACUCUGGCCAGGACAGACCUGGAGAUGCAGAUCGAAGGCCUGAAGGAGGAGCUGGCCUACAUGAAGAAGAACCACGAGGAGGAGAUGAAGGAAUUUGGUAGCCAGCUGGUUGGCCAGGUCAACGUGGAGAUGGACGCGGCCCCGGGUGUGGACCUGACCCGUGUGCUGGCAGAGAUGAGGGAGCAGUACGAGGCCAUAGCAGAGAAGAACCGCCGUGACGCCGAGGCCUGGUUCUUCAGCAAGACCGAGGAGUUGAACAAGGAGGUGGCCUCCAACACAGAAAUGAUCCAGACCAGCAAGACGGAGAUCACAGAUCUAAGACGCACCCUGCAGGGGCUGGAGAUUGAGCUGCAGUCACAGCUCAGCAUGAAAGCCGGGCUGGAGAACUCGCUGGCGGAGACGGAGUGCCGCUAUGCUACGCAGCUGCAACAAAUCCAGGGGCUCAUCAGCAGCCUGGAGGCCCAGUUGAGCGAGCUCCGGUGCGAGAUGGAGGCUCAGGAUCAGGAAUACAGAAUGCUGCUGGACAUCAAGACACGGCUAGAGCAGGAGAUCGCCACCUACCGCAGCCUGCUGGAGGGCCAGGACGCCAAGAUGGCUGGUGCUGGCAUCAGGGAAGCCUCUCUGGGAGGCGGUAGUGGAGGCAGCAGCAGUGGUGUCCGCAUCAAGGUGGAAGAGUCAGUGGAUGGAAAGGUGGUUUCUUCCCACAAGAGAGAAGUCUAAGUGCCUAGCACAAGAGAAACGUCCCUCGCCAUCCCCCACCGAACCUAGGCUGCGUGGAGGACCCGCCAGAAGGACUGGACAAGCAAACUCCAGUCCCUG